UACAGCUUUACCACCAAGGCUACGUGCAAGCCAACAACUAACUCUCUCAGCCGUGCCUCGCUGCACUUAUCCUCUCCCUCAGAAUUUUCAUUAUUUCAUAGCCAUUUUUCUUGGUGCUCCUGUCACUUGCACCAGCUGCCGACAACGGACACAGCAAGCAAUCCUUUCUAACUUGGAUGCCUGGAUUCUGAUCCUCCAAGGAUUCUGGAUAAGGAAAGAUGAAUGCGGGUGAUGUUUACCACAGGAGUAGUAGACCAGUUAAAGCAGCUGCAACCGUGUAUGGGGAAAGAAUGCUUGAAAACCAUCAUUCUUUGAAGAAACCGCCACAAAUCUACUCAGAGAAACCAUCUCCAUUAACAAGGGAGCCCAAGUUUGCAAUGGGCGAGACUAUCAAGUAUAAUGGGAGCAGAAGCAAUCGAAAGCCGGCAGAACCACAAGCAGAAUCCGAACUUUUAGUCGCAAACCACACUGUAAAGGAUCUAACUUCAAGGAUUGAAGGAUCAAAUUCCAGAGCAAAAGAACAGAUUCAAUACCUAGAGAAGUUAACGAAGACUAAAAAGGUUGAAGGAGGUUGGGGGAGGAACAUGGAAAAUCAUCGGUACCCACAACUAAUGGCAGAAUUGAAAGAUGUAAAGCAAGAAUUGAAAAAGCUCAAGGAGGAGAUGGCUUCUCUCUUGGAAGAAAAAAGAAAGGCAGAGAAAGAAACAGAAGCUUCCAAUUCGAAAUUGGGAUCUUAUUCAAGCACAGUGGAUGCGCUGAAGAGGGAGAUUGAGGAAACAAAUGAAGAACAAGUGCUUGUGGAGUUGGCUCGGAUGGAGGCCCUCAAGGAACAUGGAGCUAUUGAAUCCGAGGGAAAAAAAGAAGCUGAAAGACACUCCGCUGCAAUGGAGGAAACAAGGAAGAAAAUCGAAGAGAUGACUCAAGAAAUUGAUGCUGCAAAAGAGAUUGAGAGGAAACUGGCCAUUACUACUUCAGAUGUCAAAAUGCUAGAGAGUGAACUAAAGCAAGUCAAAAAAAUGGGCACAGUAAACCGAGGUAAAGAGACCAUGAGAAAUUCGGAGUGUAGUUCUCAGGAUGGGCAUGUAUCAAGUACUCCAGAACUGCUGAAAUCUAUCACAAAAGAAUUGGAGGAAACUAAGAAAGAAUUAGCUUCUGUCAGGGAAGAAGGUUUUAAAUUUAUGGCUUCCAUGGAUAUAGUAAGGACCGAACUAAAAAAUGUCAAAGAAGAAGCAGCGCGAUCGAAGAAAAGGGAAGAGAAGACAGACUUAACAGUACAAAACCUGAAUGCAAAGCUCCUGCGAGGAAAAGCCAAAUUGGAAGCUGCAUCAGCAGCUGAAGAAAAGGCUAAAGAAAUUGUGUCAAAUUUAUCUCGUGCUCUUGAGCAAAUGAAGACAGAAGCAGAGGCAGCCAAAAAAGAAAGGUCACUUAUAGAUGAAGAAACCGGAAACAUCAAGGCAGAGAUUGAGAAGACUGAAUCAGAGAUAGACUUGGCAGAGGAAAGGUUACAAGCUGCAAUCGAAGAGCUCAAAUCUGCCAAGUCAUCAGAAGCUGCGGCUCUGGGGAAACUAAAAACGCUUAUUGACAACACAGUGAGAAGAAGAGCUUCAGUUUCACAGCGCAGCCCAGUCAUAAUGAUCUCUAGUUUUGAAUACGAAUACCUAAGAAAUCGUGCGGCUGGAGCUGAAGAAAUUGCAGAUAAAAAGGUUGCAGCUGCCCAGGCCUGGAUUGAAGCUCUAAAAGCCAGUGAAAGAGAAAUCCUGAUCAAACUUGAGAAAACUAAAAAAGAGAUUAGAGAGCUAAAGGUGGAGGAAGACCAGGAGGCUGACAACACACAGGAAUCACUUCAUGAAAAGCUAAAAGUUGAGAGUGAAUUCAAAAGUUGGAAGCAAAAAUAUGAAAAGAUCAUUGCUCCGGAAACGCCACGGCCUCAGGCUGGAUUGCCAGCAAAAUUAACAAACAGAAGCGGAAGAACGACGCCGAUGAGACGAGCUAAGCUGCGAAAAGCAGCAUCUCCGGCUCCUCGGAGUACACCAAGGUCGGCUUCUUUUGCAGUCAGGAGGAGAAAAAAGGUUAUGCCAAAUCUAGCCAAGUUCUUCAGUGGCAAGAGCACUAAUAAAGGCAUAGAAGCCCAUUGAGAGGUUAUCAUACAGCCUAAACACUACUAGUAAAUCCCCUUCUGGCAAGUAGAUACAUCAAAUAAGAUUUUCUGUUGCAUAACUGCUAGGGGCUAAGUCUCACCCCAGUCAGACGCAUUUCUUCCAGGUUUAGUACUUAUUAACCUGCUAAACCAGUAAACUUGCUGUACAUGUAUCAGGAAAUCAUGCUAAGAAAAGUUUUUAGUAACUGUGCUUGCGAGUUUAUGUGAGAUAUUUGAGAAUGGUCCUAAGAAUCUAUUAAGCAA